AUGGAUAUAGAUAAAUAUCCAUCAAAAGGAUUUCAAUAUAUUAAACAAAUUGUUCUUAUUGAUACAGAAAAUGAUUGUCUUCUAUUUGAAAAUAUUUUUAAAUAUUUUCCAAAUUCAAUUAAUAUUCAUUUAGAUUUAAAUCAUAUAAAUAAUCCAACAUUAAAACAUUGGGAUCCAUUUAUUAAUCGAUUAGGAAUGCUUAAAUAUCUUCAAGAAUUAAUUUUGAAUAAUUGUGGUUUUAGUCAAAUUAAAUUACCUGAUCAAGGUAUUCUUCAAAAUUCGAUAUAUGAAUUAAAUCAAAUUGAAAAUGAAUCAGCUAAACAAAUGAGUAUCGCUCAUUUGCUCAAUUUAACACAUUUAAGUCGAGUUUUAAUUAAUCGAGAUAAAAGCCAAAGAGUUAAAAUUGAUUAUUUACAACGUUAUGCCCAAGAUUAUUUUGAUAAAAAUUAA